CUCCCUCUGAUGAUGUCGGGCAUGCGGGCAUCACGAGCUUCCCGUCAGCCGUGCGCGCUGCAGGCAGGCAAGCGCGGGAAUCACAGCUCCUCACGGCCCGUCAAAUCGGGACAUCUGGCCAUCACACCGCAAGCCCUCGAGGCGUGCGGCGGGCGGCGCCUGCGGCCUUGGUGCCGCACCAUCAUGGCUGGCGCCGACCCGCAGCAGCGCCUUCAGACGCUCGUCGCCCCGCGCCGCUCCUCUCUCCCCCACCACCACCUUCUCUGCGGUCGCUCUUCGCUGCAAGCACCCUCACUGCUACAGCAUCUCGCUCGCACCCUCGCGACUGCUGCUUCGCUGCUACGGCCCGCCGUUGCUGCACGCACAUCCUGGUCUUUCCUCUUUACUUCUGGUCGCGCAUCACGCUCGCACCGCAUCCCGACCUUUGCAGACGCACCUCAUCUCGACGCUUGCGUUCCCACGUCAGCGACCAUGCCUUCGUCGCCAUCCACGCCAGGCGACGCCGCCGCCACGUCCGACGCCCAGGCGCAGGUGCUGCAGCAGCAGGCGCAGGUGCUGCAGCAGCAGGCGCAGAUGCUGCAGCAGCAGGCGCAGGUGCUCACGCAGCUGUCGCAGCUGGUGCAACAGCUCUUGCAGAUGGUGCAACAGUCUGCGGAGACGACGCGCCCGCUACAAACGACCCAGCGCUGCACCUGCCGCUGCUGCUGCGCGCGCGCCUCACCGAGUCCUCAGCAAGAGGCGCUCCAGGUGGAGCCUGAGCACGCUGGCGCACCUGUGCGCUUGUUCUUUGACGGUGCUGAUAUACGCACCUCCGACUGCUUCUCGUCGGAUGACGCCGAGAUGCCGGCGCCUCCUUCACCCAGCGCCCCGGCAUCGGUGUCCGCAGCGCAGCGACGCAACGGCGCGCCGCACCUUCCCUCCGCACGCUCGUCCAAGCGUUCGUCCGCCGAUGCAGAGGCGCAGGCAGCAGAGGAGUAG